AGAACGCAUGAAAGUCUUCUAAAUCCAGAGCUGUUGAAGCGUCACAAAUCGUUCCAUAUUUCCAUUAAUCACUCCAAAAAGCAUCGCAUAUGAACAUAUUUGGGUUUUACAAUCUAUAUUGUCCAACUUCGGAGUAAUUUAUCUUUGGAUUUCUUGGCUGCGUGUUUUUAAAUCGUGAAAUACUUACGUCGUCAUGUCCAACUUUGCUCAACCCUCAAAUCGUCACAGUGCCACUCACUUCAAAACUCCAAUGAAGUUCGAUCCUUCAUCUUCAGCUAAGCCUUCUCCUUCUAGAGAUGAGAUUUGGAAGCAAGAACUAGGAUUCGAUGAGAGUUCUGAAGGUGAUGACUCCAACACUGAGGAUGAGCCAGAGGCCGACCAGAUCAACUCGAAUAAAGCAUCUUCUAUAGAGGUACAUGCUCUACAAACAGAGCUAAAACAAAAAGAAAAACAGAGGGAAGAACUCUUAAUAAAGCUUAAGGCACUUUCAGAAAAGACCACAAACUAUAAAUCCAAGCUCCAAAAAGCAGAGCAAAGCAAGAAGUCCCAGAUAAAGAUAAUGAAGAAGACACAGGAAUCCCAAAUCCAAAUGAAAGCAGAGCUCAUACACAAUCUUGAAGAACUUAUAGAGGAACAAGAAACCAAGAUUUUAGAACUUGAAUCUAGAAUCAAAGGAGGUAAUAUUGGAAGCCCCCAAAUUAGUGGAAAAGCUUCCAGUAUUAAGAAGCUGGUGGACUCGAUCAAUGACUUGCACACUGAAAAAAGUCGCAUUUAUGAGACAUGGCUCUCGACACAGUCUGAGCUGGAGACAGUGAGACAAGAACAUAAAGAAGCUAUGGAAAAAAUGAAAUGGGAAUUGUCAGAUAUGGAUAAUAUGAAUAGAAAAAUUCAGGUUGAGAAUCUGAAAUUACAGCAAGCUGGAAAUGUUAUAACAGAGAAUAAUAACCAAUCCAAGCAUCUACAACUCCAAGAAGAAAAUGAUCUGUUAAAGACUAAAAUCAGAAAUCUUGAACAAGACAUCAGCACUCUUGAAGAAUCAGCAAAGGAAUCCAAGAAAAAGCAUGACAUAGAACUAAUGGAAGUGAGAAAAAAGCUGAGGGACACUGAGACAAAGUAUACUAAUCUGGCCAGCACACCACCAAAGGUGAGAAUGGUAUCUGUAGUGUCAGAAGAAACCAAAAGACAACUUGACGAGAUGAUCAAACAAAACAAAGACCUGGAGUCACUAUUAGGAACAACACGAUCAGAUCUGAGUAGCAAGAAUGCAGCAUUACAGUCAGAGAUUAAGGCUCUCAGGAUUUCAAACAACGAUGCGACUGUAAGAGAAAAGAAGGCUUUGUCUGAAUGCCAAAGUUUACGGGAUUCCCUCAAGGAGUCACGCAAUCUUGAAGGAUCACUGCGGGAGAAAGAUGGAGUGAUUAAAUCCUUGGAGAGUGAGAUUUACAAACUGAAAGGAGAGAUGGAAAGACUACACAAACAAGCAGAACGCGACAAGCAAAAACGUGAAUAUGAAACCAAACGAAAGCUAGAGGAAGAGAGACAAAGCUCCGAAAAGUCCAGCAGAUUAAUGAAAGCCAAGUUAGAUAACACUGUACUACAGGUCAAGUUACUAUCAACUGUUAUCAAACAAAUAAAGAGACAGUAUAAGGACCUGAAAAUAGAGACCCUGAAGAUGGCAACAGCCAUAAAACCUGCUAUCAAGGACGUUCAACGACAGAUACUCAAUAGAAUAGAGAAUAUAGACGGACGAAACAAAGACCUUGUCCAAAAAUACAAGAAAGAAAUGGCGUUACGAAAGAAAUACCACAACGAACUAGUGGACUUGAAGGGAAACAUACGAGUGUACUGCCGUGUUCGGCCGGUCAUCCGGGAAGACGGUGGUGGGAAAAUGGCGGAGAAAGUGGUGUCGUUUGACGAGGAUGAUGACGGGUUACUAAAUGUUUGGUCUAAAGGAUCCAACAGACCGUUCGAGAUGGACCAAGUGUUUAAGCCUGAUUCAACACAGGAAGAAGUGUUUAACGAAGUCAAGCCUUUAGUUAUAUCAUGUAUCGAUGGUUAUAAUGUGUGUAUCUUUGCCUAUGGGCAGACAGGGAGUGGCAAGACAUUCACGAUGGAGGGUAUCCCCGAUAACCCCGGCAUAAAUCAAAGGGCCCUACAGCUACUGUUCGAGGAGACGUCAGAUCGGCAAGGGGAGUGGCAAUACUCUAUCAGUAUUAGCGUCAUGGAGAUUUACAAUGAAAUGCUGAGAGACUUGCUAAGUGAGGACACCUCGGCCAAGCUGGACAUCAAGCAGGGUAAAGAUGGGCUUUUCGUACCUGGGUUACAGGAGGUCAUGGUUUCGAAUCUUCAAGAGUUAAACGAGGUGUUUCAACUUGGCAAACAAAACAGAUCCACUGCCUUCACGGACAUGAACGAGCACUCGUCCCGAUCCCAUGCUCUGUUGUGUGUGACUAUAAUAGGAGUCAACAGAUCGACUGGUUCAAGAACCACAGGUAAACUGAACCUUGUGGACUUGGCCGGCAGUGAACGCAUCUCCAAGAGUGGAUCGGAAGGGGCUCGUAUGAAGGAGGCGCAGAAUAUUAAUAAGUCCCUUUCGUCCCUCGGAGAUGUUAUCCAUUCAUUGAAGAGCAAAAGCUCCCAUGUUCCAUACAGAAACUCCAAAUUGACUUAUCUCCUACAAGAAUCACUCGGUGGUGACUCAAAAACACUCAUGGUCGUUCAAGUCGCGCCUGUCGAAAAGAAUGUCGGAGAAACCGUGUGUAGCUUAACGUUCGCUCAACGAGUACGAACAGUUGAACUGGGGCAGGCUACCAGAAAAACUGAGACUGCUGCUGCUGUGCAGUUGAAAGACAGGCUCAGAGAGUACGAGGGAUCACCAUCCAGAAUGAAGACCUCUUCCCUACCAAGGCCAAGAAUACGAUAGGUCCUUCGUACGUUAUGUUUCUUAUUCCUUAAUCUAAAACGAGCAAAUAUAACAUGGGGUACUUGGAUACGAUUGGGCUAAUUCAUGACACAUAAAUUUGUAAAAAUUUAUAAUUGGUUUCUUUUUGUGACCAUCAAAUACUAUGGCGGCCAUGCAUUGUUAUUGCAUUCUUUGAUGAAUGACUGCAAACAACUUUUGAUUUUUUUGCAAGGGAAAAGCAAGGGGGGAGGGGAGGGGGAGUAUUAUAACUAAUUUAAUAUAAAUUAUAUUUAUUGUAACUAAUUAUAUAUCUAAAGGGAUAAUUUAAUUCGACUUUGUAUCAUCACAAUUGUACAUAACAAUGUUUUUUAUUGGAUUUUAUACAAAAUCACUGCCACAGAAUAAAUUUCACAAAUGAUCUUUAGAAUUUUUUUACUAAAUUUCUCUUUGACCGAGACAGUACAGUGCAAAAACUAACUUGCACUAUUGCCAAAAUUUGGAUUAAAAAUGAAGUCGAUUGGAAGCAUAUGGCCAAAAGCUAUGAGUUAUCAAAGUCAUGCACUGAUUGGUUCGUUGGUAAAUUUAUUGAUUGCGUUGAAAAUUGCUGAAAAAAUUGAACAAAAUUGUGUUUUUGAUCAUUGUUAGAGCGCAUGCAGUAAAACCAUGAAAUAAAAACAAAGUUGAUACUGACAAAUAGUAGUUAUUUAGUGACUAAUAGCUGCUGUCACCGAACCAGAACAUUCACUACGCAAAAGACAAAUACACAAGAGACUAUUUGUGUCUUGAGAGACUAUUUGUUGUAAAGAAUGUUCUAGUUGAGUGAUACGAACUAUCAGGCCCCGUCCACACGUAUCCGCAAAUUUUUGUAUCCGCAAAUUUUUUUUGCGGAUACGGGUUGCGUCCACACGUGUCCUCAAAUUUUUGUGACCGUAUCCGCAAAUUCUACGAAAACGGACACG